ACCUCGACAUUGGCAGAAUCAUCAACACCUUGAUGGAGCCAUAACACGAAAAAUUUAUUGAUUGGAUCACAAUAAUCAUAAUUAUAAUAUUGUGGUCGAUCUAAUGUAUUUUCUAACCCAAGAUAAAUGAAAUUUACUUCUAUCGCGCCUGCUCGGCCCCACAGACUCAAAUAAAGACGAUAUUUGGUGCUUGGGAACUAUCACCUUAGCAUGUCGCUACAUAAUGUUCAGGAUAAAGGCGAAGUAUUUGUAAAGGAAGAACCCAUGUAUGACGGCGUACUUACCGACACUUGUCUAGUAAGGGAGCCAGGAUUGUACACCGCGCAGAAUGUGUAUUCUGACCAUAAGGUGAAACUCGGACUGCCUGAACCAGACCUGAUACAAGGUCUUGAAUCAGCUAAAACCGCCCAGGACACAUAUUGCAUAACGGAGUCUGAUGAUGAUGGUGUGAGUGCAGCGCAAGUGGAGCUUUAUGCCGGCCACAUUGUGAAGGAAGAGCUGGUGCUCGGUCCUGAGUUACUGCAUCCACUUGAUACAACCACACAACUAAAAUCUCUGAAUCCAUCUCAAGUAACUACUAGCAAGCAAGAACCAAAUGUGGACUUGGAGUUAACAUGUAGUGAAUACGAAGACCCGGCACUCCAGAACAAAGCAAACAAUGAAAAUGAAUCUUACAUUUGUGGUAUUUGCAGUAAACGAUUUAUAGACAAUGAUGCAUGCGUUGAACACUUGUUAAAGCAUACCAGUGUUAAGUCUUACGCUUGUAAAAUUUGUGAUGAAAAAUUCAGCAGAAAAUAUGAGUUGUAUAGCCACGAAAAUAUGCACCUUAAUAGAAAACCUCCCGAACAACCAAACUCGUGUGACAUAUGCAAUCAGGAAUUUUGGCAGCCUUCGCUAUUAUCUAACCAUAAAAGAACUCACGUUGUUGAGAAACCCUACCAAUGUGAUAUAUGCAAAACCAAAUUUGCAACUAAAUGUGGCUUAAACAAGCAUAAAAAGAAACAUUUUAAAUCUUCCUAUAAACCUCGAGAUAAUACAGUAAAAAAGCCUUACACUUGUGAAAUAUGCAACAAUAAGCUGACUAUCAAGUAUAAUUUAGAUAAACAUAAAUUAAUACACUUGGCAGAUAAACUAUUUUACUGUUCUAUAUGUGGAAGAGGGUUCGCUAAUAAAGGCAAUUUAAUAAGACAUAAAAAAAAACAUAUGAAUAUGUGAUAUUUAGAUACCGAUUUUGCUCUGAAGACUGGUAAAUAUAAUUUAAGUAGCUCA